AUGUCCUUCUCUCUCCCAGAAACCUUCGCAAAGCUCCCCAGAUACCCUCUUCUAUAUCCCUACCCCUCUCCCAUUCAUCCUCUCCCAGCACUAACCAGACACCUCAAUCACAACCCCAGAUCCGCCCCCGCAGUCUCCCUCUUCGCAAAGCGCGAAGACCACUCCUCCCCACUCGCCUGUGCAGGCAACAAGUACCGCAAACUCGAGUAUAUUGUCCCUGACAUCCUGUCUAAUUCAAGUUUGCAUGGACCCGGAGAAAGAUCAGAAGCAAAGGCUACCACCACCCUGGUGACCGAGGGUGCUAUCCAAAGCAAUCAUACAGUGCAAGUCGCCUCGGUAGCGCGACGACUCGGACUCGAAGCAAUUGUUAUUCUCCAUAAAGCUACAGGAGGCGGUUUAACUGCCAGUUCAGAUAAGGAUGUUUUUCUACGCACGGGUAACGUGCAAAUUGCCCGGCUUCUAGGAGCGGAGGUGCGGAUGCUCGAGGAUAGUUCGACGGUGGAUAACAGUGACCCGAUUACGCCUAUUCUGGAGGGAUUGCGUGCUCAGGGGAAGGUGCCCUACUGGAUUCCUUCGGGGGCUAGUUUGCAUCCCUUGGGUGGGCUGGGGUAUGCGCGGUGCGCAUUUGAAAUUGCGGCGCAGGAAAAGGAGCAACUGGGAGAAAAUGGCCGGUUCGAUUAUGUAUUUGUUGCGUGUGGGAGUGGAAGUACCGUGGGAGGCUUGAUUGCGGGGUUCAAAUUACUGCAGAAAAUCGAGGCACAGCGACAGGAUGAAAAUGCAGAGAGGGUUAUUGGUCGUAAGGUCAUCGGGAUCUUGAAUUCCCCUACCAAGCCGCGAGAAUAUCAUGAAGGUCGAGUGCUCAACUUUGCCCGGCGUGCGGCAUAUCUCAUUGGACUGGACCCUGAGCGGGACGUCACACCGGAAGAUGUCCAGUUAGACGAUCGGUUUGCUGGCACAGCCUACGGAGAACUGGACCAGACAUCCAAGAAGACCCUGGCAUUUCUAGCGCAGGAAGAAGGGGUCAUCGUUGAUCCUGUGUACACAGUCAAGGUUAUGAGAGGCGUAAUGCACUGGGUACAGGUGGGCGAACUCAUCAGAGACUGGUCACGCCGCCUUGAGAGCUCGCCCAGCGAAGGUCGAGUAAAUGCACUAUUUAUCCACACCGGUGGGCAGUCGGCCCUAAGUGCGUAUGCAGACAUCGAGUGA